AUGCUGAAACAAAUCUCUCACCCAAAUAUAAUCGCCAUACUGGGGACAGGGCGACUCAACGGUAAUCAAGAUUGCACAGGCAUAUUGCUUUUGACUGAGUACUGUCCGGGAGGAAACCUCAAUCAAUGGCUCCCUCGACAGAGCACCAACCAAACAAAUUUGAAGUGGAUGAGACAAAUUGCCGAUGCCGUCUCCCACCUCCAUUCGCGUAACGUGGUUCACCGCGAUUUGAAGCCAGAUAAUGUGCUCUUGACUGCGACUGAGGAUGUCAAAUUGGGGGAUUUUGGUUUGGCACGCCAGUACAUCGCACUUACCCGAACCCAAGUUCAAAACAACUACGCGCCAUAUUACAUGCAAUCAGAGGUUGGGACAAAGUACUACAUGGCUCCGGAAGUAUUCAGCAGUCGCGGUUAUAGCGCAAAGGCUGACGUCUUUAGCCUUGGAGUGCUCCUUUAUGCAAUCCUCGAGCGUGAUCAUGUCAUAAUUGGUGGGAAAGCAUACUACGGAGCCUUUGUUGCUAUUCCAAAUUUACCGGGAAGAAUUGGCCUUGGAUUUGCUAUGGAGACUAUAAACCCUUGCUUCAACAUUGUGUUUUCUAGUUCCUCUAACUAUUUCGGCUCUCUCCAAAUGUUAAUUCGCCAGGCCUUGAAUUACGAUCCGCAUAAUCGACCGACUGCUCAACAGGUUUAUCAAAGUCUCGUGGCCAUUGGCCAGCAACGUUUCAACGAGAACUGUAACACUUUGUAAACCAAGAAAAGGAACGAAUAUGCUGAAAUGGAGUCAAGUUACUUUGAACUUAGCAAUAAGACUGUUUAUUGAAGACUCUUUCGAAGCGAAAUGAAACUUGAAAUAACAAGAAUUAUUAAAAACAGUGACUAUCAAAGGAUGUUAAAACUCUUCUGUGACAUUAUCACGUUUAAUUCAACAUGUUGACCUAAGCAGUUGACGUAGUAGCCACUGAUGAGCUAUACUGAAAAGCAUAAUACAUGUUUUUCUUGAGCAAAAGGAGCUGUUAUAGUGGCGGCGAAAUCUCUCAUCGUUUGAAAUGGUACUAUGAUGUAUCUUCUUCUCUCUUCGCUAGGGUGACCAGCUAAGGCUUACAUGAAAUACGAACAGUUUACGUACAUCACUUAAUGCUAAUCUAAGAAAUGAUCUCAACGCAGAAUUGCUUACUAAAACUGUGGUUAUCAAAAAUAUACUUUUCUGAGUUUCUACGCUGUUCCCUUAACAGAUAUAUAUGCAGCAUAAAUACUGAUCGUGUCUCACCAUGUUUGCUUUCAUUUCCAUUUGCCUGAGGCAAAUCCUGAAGUGGUAAUCACUUCCUUUGAUAUGGAUUCAAUUCUUGGAAAACGCUAUAUGUAUUCGUUUCGUAAGUUCUUGCAUGGGCAACUCAUUUUCAAGAGAUAAAUCUCAAAACACAUAUAUUUAAAUGAAGGUUAAUCCAAUGGACACACCUCAGUAACUCGUGAAUCACAGCUCUCAAGCUGAAGUAUUCACGUUCACAAACAAGGAGGUUAUUCCUAGAAAUUGAACUUUAACUAUGGUGUAAUUUGAUAAUUCGUCCCUUAAUAAAGUCCAAUCCUAUGCAUAAAUUUCUUUCGGUGUCUUAGUGUAGAGAGACACUGUUUCACAACGGAUGGCCCAUGCAAUUGUGUCAGCCAACCGUAAAGAGUUUCAAUACCACGCAAUUCAAAAUGAAGAAAUUUUUGUGGAGCCAUUAUAGAAUUCCAGAACAGAAUACUUCACAAAGACCUGCUAAAACUUAGAAUGAGUACAAGAGUCAUGUCUGUGAUCUUUCAGCCUUACUGGAUCGAGUAAUUGGGAAAGAGCUCAAACUAAAGUUGGGGUAACCCAAAAUGGAAGUAAGUUUAAACACGCAAGCUCUAACUUCAGUUCAACUGAGUCACAGUUAGAUCAGACUGAGCUAGCAAAGUGGAAAUUCUCUCAACAUGACCUUGCCUUUGUUGCUUGUCUGAAAUACAGCUUUCAAGAAAACAGGUAGAUAUUAACAAUUUAGCAAAAAAUAAUUACUCCACAGUGCAAAUGACCAAAAUAACAAAUUACAUUGCAGUCACUGCAGCGUAAAAGCGCUGGAAGAAAGACGAUAGUAUGUAGAAAAAAAAGUCGAGUAAAGAAAGAUAAGACAAUGCUAAUGCUAGAGAUAUGGUAGCUCCGUCUGGUUAGAAAUGGAGGAAUAAUUAUGGAUUUUAUCAGAGUAAGAUAAAGUCUUUUCAAUCAUUAGUCUCGGAAAUAUCAUCAGAUAUGAUCGAUGAUGUGGGGAAAUUGUGAAUGAAAACAAGUACUAGUUUUGGCUUCCAGUUGUAAGAUGAAUAGUUAAAUAAAUCAAUUAUUACCCAGUAAAAAUCACUAUCAUUUAUCAUUUCAACUGCACAAAAAAUCGUAUACACUCUUGGCAGCCUUAUUCUCCAACCUAUUAAAUUACAAGAGUUGUGUGACAACUUGACGGUCUGGAAAGACUAUUACACAUGCCAAACAACAAAGAACCAGUAAGGCUGAUGUUUAACAGUGAGGAUAAAAAACAAAAUAUUUCCAAAAGCCUUUUCUUUUCAGGAAUAAGACUUAGUGAAGUCAGAUUAAACUAAUGUGAAGAGGUUUGUUGAUCUCUUAAUGAAAAUGGAUGAUUUACAUCUAUCAGAUUUUAGAGAAAUGAGACUUAAGUCAAAAGGGGACUUUGACAUCACAUAUUCUGCAGUAAUGGGCGUUGGCUUGGAUGCCUAUUUGCAGAAAUUAAUAGUUUUCAAGCCAGGGGUUUGGCUGUGCUAAUUUUAAGGCAGAAAAAUCAUAAAUCAGUUGCUUAAGAAAUUUUAUAGCUCUGACUGGAAGCUCAAACACUCUUAAGGGACAGGAAAAUAUUUCACCUGAUCACUCCUAUUCUUUUCCCAUGAAAUUUGGACAAAACUUUCCAAAAACUUUAUUGUAAUUUUAUAGUUGCAAAAAAGGUAUAGACACAAGUUGCAUAUAGCAUAAGCUAGUUGAGGCAAGUUGUGUGGAGAGAACAAAAGAUUGAUAAUUUAUACCAGUAGUAAGCUUCUGGUACUAAUGACAUUCUCUUGAAUGUCAGCUUGCCACAGCAAAUGUCACACCUAUCCUUUCUGUCAAUAGUACCAACCAUAUGUAGUGGGGUCACUUCACAUCUCCCUAAACAGCAGAGAACAUAAUAGUUAAUUCCAAUCAUCAGUCUCAAUUAAGGAAUAAAAAUUGAAGGAUCAAGACUUAUCUGGCAAAGUGAAAUACAAGUCAAACUGGUUUGAAGACAUUUUAACCCGAAAUUCGGUUUUAAAUAUGACAGAAAUACUGUGGUUCACAUUCUAAAGAAACAAGGGGUUCCAGCCCCUUGAGUAAUUAUUCAUUUGUUGUAUCGCUCAUCUCAUGUUUUAAGAACCAGAGAAAGUUAGAUAAUUUUAAUCUGCGAGUUUUAUAGUACACUUCGACUCAAAAUUCAUUUCGUAAGGCAGAAGUAUUCUACUGAAAUAAACAAGAUAGAAUGAAGAUGACGCCACCCGUUUCGAAUAACACAUGAACAUGAAGAAAACGGCACCAGUUUAAACUCAUGAGACAAAGCCCACGCAUUUUUUUGAGGUAAAUGAACUGGUUAGACCGAAAGCUAAAUAAAUAAACAAUGAACUGACAGUGGUGAGGGAUUUGGGGGCCAUGUGAUAAAACAAGUUCUACCGAAGUUUAUCCUCUAGUUAGCCCUUCAAGCCCAAAAGGGCCAUCAGAAAAAUUCUCACCAAACCACAGCAACAAAAUUAGAUAAAACCGCUGAUGAUCGAGGCAAGACUUUAAACGUUGUUAAGACACAUGCCUACGUACCAAGUACAACAGACUUGGAGAGCAAAAUGGCCAAAGACAGUUGUGAGCCACGACUUGGAAAAUCCACCUCAACCUCCCAAAAACGAAUUCGCCGAAGGCUGUAGAAAGAGCAACUCAAUCCUGAAGCUGGAACAUUUUUUUAAGCCUUGUGUCCAGAAGAUGUUAUUUGAAGUGAUUUGAAGCAUGGGGGCCACCUCGAACUUAACGUAAUUUUAUUUCAAAGUUGAAGUAAAAUAAGAUCAAAUUGUAAACUACCUUCUAUUAUCGUAACGAAUAUCUCACGAUCGCCUCCACACAUCACUUUGUGAUUCAUAGAAGUAAGACAUCAACAUCUUAAGACUAACCUUUAAGGUUUGUAGUCUCAUGUGCACAUCUUGAUCGUCAGCAAAUCAAAUCUCAAACUUCAAGUUUUCGACCUUUUUUCGCGUUUUGUUCGCACUUUGAUCAUUAAAAUAUCCUCAUCCGAAGAGCCAGAAAACUCCACAAGUUCUUAGGCGCCAAAAGGAAGUCAUAGUCCCAGGCGUUCCUUGCGUAAACCGUGGAAACUGGGGAUGAGAGAGCAGCAACUUGGGUUAGUAUGUAUUCGCUCUUCGUACACAACAUAAAUUUACAGAAUGCUGUGUUUUAUGAAGUCCGCUUUGCAAAGAUUCCUGUCUUAUACGCUCAUCUCAGAUAUAAAUGCACACGAUUUCGUGGUAGGCCCACACUAAAUAAUGUCGAGCGUUUCGGAAUGGGCCGGUCCACGAACUCUUUAGCUGAAAAGCCAGGCAAAUGCGCAAAGUUCAUCAUGACUAGUUCUCACGAGAUAACAAAUGACCCAUAUGCGAGUUCAAACCUCGAAAUACUAGCAAAACUGUGACAGCCAAUUUAACAACAAACCAUGAUGCGGAGACGAACACCUCACUUGCUGAGAAAAUCAAGAAUGUUCGUGAACACAACUUCGAAGGUGGCGCUAACGACAGCGAAUUGGAUAAGGAUACUGACAGAAUUAAGCAACUUGAAUGGUAAGGUUGAAUGUCUGAGCUUAGCUCUUCCGUUAAAUAUCUUGUUUCUGUUAUUGGUUUUUAUAGGGUUCAAUACUUGUAAAGUACGAUUUGGUAUUUCUUACACAAUCACUAUUAUUGUACAAGCGAUCGUGAAUACUCUUGGUGACUGUGACCUACAAGAAAAAGUUGUCAAUAUGACUAAUGUACAUGAACAUAAUGAUGUUACAGUGUCAUUAAAAGUACAACAAUUCAGAUCUCGUUGUGCAAAGUCUGUAUAUUAUAAUCGUACUCGUGUUUUGUGUGAAUGCCGUGGCUAUAAACGUGAUCGUGAACCAAGCAGAGUACUAGUGAGGAUGUUAAAACGUCUCUCUCAGAAAAUGAGAAAACUGCUAAGUUAUGUACGGAGCCGUUUAGGUAAAAACGUACCAAAGUCAUCGAAAGUCCAUGAUCUUAUUAAAAAUAAUGCAACAUGAAAAAAAAAAAAACAAGAAUCAGGUUUGUACAAAAAAUGAGAAGGAAACCAAUUUUUAGAACAAGAAACGUUUACUCUUCAAUGAGAUAUGUCUACAAUUCAAGUAGAGAUAAACAUGGAAAGAAAUAUCUCAAAUACUUAAGGUUCCUUUUGUGUAAUUUUCCAUAUAGUGACGACAAGGGUGUAAUUCACAGAGGAAAUUGUACAAAGAACAAGCACGCUGACGUAUGAACCAAUUGUUAAGUGAAAGUUACCUUGGUAAUGUCCAUGGUGAGCCUACCAUUGAGGGAUAUCAAUACUGUAUGGGCCUGAAAAGAGCCUUUGAGUCAUUGAUAUUAGAAUGAUAUAGGUCAUAUAUUUUAGUGGUUGGAUGCAUUGCUGUGGGUAUUAGUUACUGUGCUGAUAAUGGCCAUUUUAAAGUGUUUGACUCAUGCUAAAGAUGUUUAUGGUAAAAGGCCAUACAGAUUGAUGAGUGGGAUAACAUCAUGAUUAUUAAAAAUUAAAAAAAAUAAGCAAAUUUCUGGCUGAAACAAAUUUUGGCAGUUGCAUUAAUGUUUAUGUACUGAUGCCUUCAAUGUUAAUUAUUUUUCAAAUAAAGCAAGUUACCUUAAGUAUCAAACUUAAACAAAGUAUUCUUUUGUUAGAGAGGCCUGUGGUUCUGGACAGAGGUUUUCUGCAAGUAUUUACUCUUUGUGGAUAAUCUAGUAGAGGAAAUUAAUAAUAUUUUUCAAAUAAACAGGAAUGUUAGACUAUGGAAUAUGAUAUACAACUUAUCUGCUGUUCAUGUAAAAUUACUGAAAUUGAAAGGAAACACAUCAUGAGAAAACAGAGGAAAAAAACAUGUGUAUGACAGCAUAGAGCCUGUUGCCAAAGAAAGGUUUCUAGAAGACAUUUAAAGAAAAUAUUUAGCUAUGGACGCUAGAAAGAAGAAAGGAUUACUUUCUCAACUCAAUGAGAAAUUAGUGAAAGCCAGAUCAGUUGAAUUGUGUAUUAACCAGUUUAAGACGAAAAUAAGAGAAGGCCCUCAUUUUAUAUGUACAGCCUUUCUGUACUGUCUGUAAUCGAUUACUUUAUAAGAAAUCAGUAAUUACAUGCCUAGACAAGAAGUAUCCUUGCCAAACAUAUUUCAAUAUUCAACCGUCAUUUUAUGGGAAACAGUAUAUAUGCAACACAUGUCAUUCAAAGGUCAUAAAAGGAAAUUUACCGUGUCAGGCUGUAGUGAAUGGGAAUAUGUAUGUGGAUGAAAUACCCACAGAACUAUCCUCAUUAGAAAAACUAGGACAAAUACGAAUAGCUCAACAAAUAGUAUUUGAGAAGACUGUGGUCAUGCACAAAGGACAACAGAGAAAAAUUAAGGGUGCAAUAUGCAAUGUACCUGUAGAAUGUGAUCGGACAUGUAAUCAACUCCCUCAUCCACCUGAUAGAUCUUGUAUAAUAAUACUUAUUUACCUUAAAAGAAAGUUACAAUCUAGAGGACAUGUUUAUUUUCAAGCAUCACGACCAGAGUUAAUACAGCAAGUUCUUAACUGGCUCAAAGUACAUAAUCAUUGUACAAAGAUAUACUAGUUGAUAUUAACAAUAUUGAUAGCAACCUCACAACUUUAUAAAAUGAUGCAGACGAUAAUGAUACACAUCAACAAGCUACAUCAAACAAUGUAACAACAGAUAGUGGUCCUGCAUUGGAGUAUGAUCGAUGCAAGAGUAAAUGAUAAAUUAAAUAGUAACGAAGAAGAAAAUGAUGACCCCUUAAAUGAAUAUAGAGCCCCAGUAUGCGAGACAUGCUUAGAUUCAAUUAUACCAAACUAUCCAGCGGUGAAUGCUCAAGUAAAACGCUCGAUACGAGGCCCAAGUGAACGCUACUCGAUCGUCUAGUUUUCGAUAUGAAUUCUCGGAAAACAUUGCAUUUUAAGACUGGGGGGGUGGGUCUUCCGUUUACAACGAAUUAAUCCCUACCAAGGCAACUAAAACAUAUCCAAGCUUUGAAUAACGAUACUGUAAGACUUCCUCUAUUGAAUAUCCACCAGGUAAAUUCAUGCACGAUCAAAAUAUUGCCUUCAUACCGAGUACCAUUGAAAUAACACCACCCCUGUAAGUUCCCUUGUGUCGAAUCGAUUGGCGACUUUGUUUUUUCCGAGAAAUCAGAACCAACUGUUUCGCAGCGGCUGAACGCGGCGUUGUUUUCGUCAAAUUGACAUUUCGGAUAAAAACAAAGAGAACAGUUGUGGCCUAAAAAACCCGAAAUGCAACAAGCCUGGAUUGAUCUUCCCCCAAGACUGCGUGUGGGCGACAAAACAGUGAGAGUUGAACAGCACCUUGGUAGUGGUGCAUUUGGAGAUGUCUACAAAGUAAGAGACGAGGCGCGCUCUAAAGUCUAUGCCUUAAAAGAUGUUCUUUGCCUAAACGCUUCACAAGUUCUUGAUGCAAUCCGUGAGGCAGUAACACUGUGCCAAAUCUCUCACGAAAACAUCAUCGCCAUAAAGGGAGCGGAUCGGUUCGUCGACAAUCAGAGCAACUUGCACAUGUUCAUUUUGACAGAGUAUUGCGCGGGAGGAAACUUAAACGAACGCCUCGCUCGACCAAGCUCUGAACGAAUCAACUGGAAGUGGAUGAGUCAAGCUGCUGAUGCCGUAGCUUACCUUCACUUAAACGGCGUGGUUCACCGCGACCUAAAACCGGAAAACGUACUUUUGAACAGACGUGGAAAUGUUAAACUAGCCGACUUUGGCCUGGCUCGUGAGUACAUCGCGCUUAGACGAGUUGACGCGCGAAGAAACGAUGGCUCGUGGAUGCAAAUGUUCGUACAAUACUACAUGGACUCCGAAGUUGGCACGCCGUACUGGUUAGCUCCUGAAUGUUUCACAGGUCACUACACAGAAAAAGCCGAUGUCUUUUCCCUUGGCCUGCUGUUUUUUGCCAUCCUAGAACGAGAUUACAAAGAAAGCAACGGAAAAAUGUAUUACGGUGCAUUUAAACGUAUUCGCGGUGUUGGAAAAGUUGGCCUUGGGGCUGCAAUGGCAAUGUACAAUCCAGAAACUGACAUAGCAUUUUCCAGACGUGCACAGGGUUCCAGGGAUGUACAGAGGUUAGUCAUCGAGGCUUUACAGUACGAUCCUGAUGAUCGACCGAGCGCUGUCGAGCUAUGUAAUAAGUUAGAAGAGACUGAAGACUUGGAUCUGGAAUGGCUCUUUAGGUUCUUAAGUGAAGAUUCCACAUAAGAAUCACCAUGACCUUAUCGUUAGACCGUCAGCAAACAACACUUUACUUUCUUAAAACGGUAACCAUGCUCAAUUUAUUUUCUGUUCAGACCCUUGUGGUCUGCAAGCUCACAAUAUUUUCACUUCCAAAAUCCAAGAGGUUGCAUGUUGUAAACUUCGAGCUUGGACAGCACACAUUCCGUAAGGGGGCCACAUGUCAAAAAAAAACCUUGUUGAGCAAAAAGCCACUAAAUAACUUUAGAAAUUCGUCCUCAUAUGAUUUAUAGAUCACAAAAUUCGUCGAUGAAAACUUGCAAAACAACAUAUUCUAGCAUUGUGUGAAAAUUAAUGUACACUAUAACUGAAUUAGAGGAAGGGAAGUGUAAACGAGUCUUUCUUUUGUGCAGUGACCGUUUUCAAACAGAUUAAAGUAAUCUAUUGGUAACAAGAUAAGAUCUUUUUGUGGAUUGCUCAAGCAACAUUUUUUUUGUAUAGGUAAUCACAUGAUUUCGAGUGCAAUUUGGAAUAAGCACGAGUAAAUUUUUUUAAAGACCAACAAAAUUGUACGAGCCCUACGGGCUCGUGCAAUUUGUGGUCUUUGAAAAAAUUAACAAGUGCUUGUUUAUUCCAAAUUGCACGAGAAAAAUCAUGUGAUUACGUGUUAAUAAUAUACAUGGAAAAAUUCGAGAUCGCUUAUCAAAAUUAAGUAUAGGCAAAGCGCGCGCAUCGAGUGCAAAAAUAAUUUAUUCAAACGAUCAAAACAAUAAUAUGCAAUGAUAUCUUCACAUCUUUAAGGCGCAAAAAAGUUCAAAGACCGGCUAAACAGUUCAAGGAAUUGUUCAGUUUGUGUCCGAAUCACUUUCGAUGAAAUAGAAUCGUCGUUUCCGAGGUUUAACCAUGUUUGUUUUUAAUUUCGGCGUUGGAUCGCUCGAGCAAAGUGUUAAGCUGGGUCUGCUCGUAAUUUUCGAUUUCCUUGGCAAUUCCCUUCUCUAAACACCACUUUUUCCAAACCGACAACCAAAAACAGUGCUUUUUACAGUGUUUUCGUUGUUUGAGCUGGUUUUCAGCUGCGGUGGCGAAAGAAAACCUACUUAAAACGCCGGCCAUUGUUUUGCUCGCAAAUUUUCAAAUUUUCAAAUUUUGUUGCGACAUCCAAGGCUCGCAUUUGAUUGGCUAUCUGUGAGUUUCUUUGAUUAUUGACCAAUCACAAUGUCUGAUUUGUUACUUUCUUUGCAAUUAACUCUCUUCUCCACUGAAUUACCUGAAAACUACAUCUAUCUUAACCGACUAGAACUGAAUAAUUUUUCCAUGUAUAUUAUUACCGGUGAAAUUCGUGCACGAAUUUUCCCCUAAGGAAAGGGUGAACGGGGAUAGUAGAUGAACUUUUCCUUCUCGUCUGCUAGCUUUGCAUUAACUUUUUUAAAACAAUUUUCCAUCGCUGGAGUUCAAGUUCUCUAAAAUUUUUCCAAUUUUUUUUUUUUAUCACAACUUAACAAUAGACAUCGAGUCGAUUGAGCCUUGAUCUUAUGUAAGUCAAACCAAUACUUUAAACAAAUGCAUUUCGAUACAAAGGGCCUUAGCCUCUUCACCGGUUAAACUCUUUUCCUGGAAACGAUAUGUCGAUGAUGUUAUUUCUGCGGUAUCCGGAAAUGAAGCGGAACGCCUCCUAUCGCACUUGAAUUCAGUGGAGCCGUCUAUCCAAUUCACACUCGAACGUGAAAUGGAUAGACAUUUUCCCUUUCCUAAUUUAAGUUUGUACAGAGGGGAACAGGGAAAUUUAGAGACAAGUAUCUAUCUAGACAGGAGUGUCGAAACGUAGGGGGGAUUAUUCUUGUAGUAAGUCACUUUUGAUGUUGAUCGCGACGUUCCGACUGCAAUACUGCUAGGAGGGUCUGGAUUGGGGGGGUACAAAUGUCAGUUUUCAGUUAAAAUUUUGGCCAUUUAUCAGUUCUCAGUUAGAUUUUAAGCCAUUUGUCAGUUGUCAAUUAAAUGAGUUUUAACAAUUAACUUGGCGAGUUAAUUAUUACUUUCAGAACCUAUAUUUGGUUAAAAAGGCACAUGUAGCGUAAACUCGAAAAUUAAGUCGAGAAUUAAUACAAUAAGAACUCCUUUUUUUUUCAAUUCUGGAAUGAAGUAAUUCCAAGAUCUUCCAAUUGUUUUUUAGUCUUUGUUUGAAGGGUGUUUAAAUAAGUUACAACUCUUCAGCACACAAACAUCUGUUUUCCUGCGCGCAACAUCGAAACAUUCCUUUUCAACCACUUAGCCGGUCAAAAUGUUGGAAAGAAGAUCGUCAAAAACACAACAAACUUGUGAAGAGUCCUCUGGCACAAUAUAUUGGUUUUAUCUUUUGUUUUGUAAUGCGUCUAUUGCGAUUGGCUCCUAUGAAAUGAUCGGAAAGGAAUGUUCUCUUGUUUACUUUUCAAUUAGGUUAUUAGAGAUAUUUACUGUAGGCUUACCAUAGAAAUCCAAGCGAAAAUGGGCGCGAAUUGGCCGCCCGGAUUUAGAAACCGUAAUUGGGAUAAAGUCUUCAUCCUCUCGGUCAGAAGAAUCGUUUUGUGAGUCUGUGUCAUAUUCGUCUGCACAUGUUCGCACCUUAGCAACUGCUACUUCAACAAAGCAGUCGUCAACAAAUGUGACAUCUGUCACAUUCCCACCUUCUGAAGUAGCUUGAACGGCUCCUUUGUCGCUACUGAGCCCUGCUGGUUGAUCUCCAUGGUUAAAAUCGUUCCCUAAUUCCGCCAACAAGUCAACUUUGGUGUAAUCUUAAGCUUAUUACUUCGUGUAGACGGCCGGUGGGAAAGCCCUUGCCUUGUCCGUUGUAGUUUCCUCCCGAACUGUCCUUUGCCUCAACGGACGAUACUUCUCCACAGAUUCUUUCAUAGCAUCUUUGAGUCGCGGGUUGAUCUCUUCUGAAGGUAGAGGUCGCAUUAAGUUGACAUUUGCAGACUCCGUGCUUGUGUGAGGGACAGGAUAGUAGGAUUUUUCAUGAGUAAACACUUGGCUGCCCAUUUUUGUUCUAUUUCUAUUAUCUAAAUACUUCUAAGCAAACUAAAAUGCAUUGGUGUCACGCUUACUGUUGUCUCCUUCGCAGCUGUUGCUUGGUCUCGUCACACAACACCAUCUAUUCCUCUUUGGAGAGAGAACGCGCUUUGCGUGACGAGGCUAAGUAACGGUUGCGAAAGGGAAUACGCUUACUGCCGUUCCUUUAACAGUGAGAAGAUCAAAAUUAUUCGCCUCGAAAGUAUAAUUCCACGUACUUUUACCACGAAAAGCAAACUGAAACUCUGUUGUAUCUCCAAUAUGCCCUAAACAUAGAUAAAUUGCGAUCUCGAAUAAGUGAAGAUACAUUUGAGAGUUGCGUGGAAAAUUCACUAUUAGUAACAUUUAGUUCCAUGUGAAUCUAUUUCAGUGGGGUUGGACAAUGCGGUUAUAAUACGUGAUUAAAUUCAGGUUGUUUACAAGGAAAUGACACGUAGUGGAGCGAAGGCUAAAGUGGCAAAAUGGAAUUUGAUCGGUGCAAUAAAAUUCAAGCACGUGGAAAAUUGGCUAAUGUUCAUGUGGUGCAAUGAUUGGGUAUGUUCUGACUGGACUUUUCAUAUUACGUGAUGGAAUGUAAGUUGUUUGGAGUGUGCGUUGUGGGUAAAGGAGCGGAAAAACAUUUUUUAACUUAGAAAUGAUGCAAAAAGUUAAAUGCGAACCUUUCAUAUCCCGAUAAAUCUCGAAGUUAGUCGACGAGGUUCUCACGAAGGCCACAAACCAUUACGCUUAUCAAAUGGGACCAAAAUUUCUGGUUACUAUCAUUCUUUGUGCACAGCUUCCUGAUUCCAUGACAUCAUUGGCAAGAACAAAAUACCCAAACGUUGCGAUUGGUGCAAGAUAUCCAAAUGCUAUGAUAUGAUUGGUGCGAGAAACAUACCCCAAUGCGGCAAUCUGAUUGGUGCGAGAUACAUACCCUAAUGCAAUGAUCUGAUUGGUGCGAGCAACAUACCACUCUACAAGCUAGCAUAGAGUUUUUUUUUUUUUUUUAAGAAAAAAAAAAAACCUCAAAUAUAAAUUAUGGGUACUACUACUUCCUAAAUGGAUAGGGAUAAUUAAGAACAAACUAACAUCAGAAAUAAUCGGUUUUAGCUCCUACCUUCAAGCAAACCCUGCAAUGUAGCAUAUUUGGCCUAACCUAAAGGUGCUAAUCCUGUUUACUAUAUUUAACAGACAAAUGAUCAUUUACUUCACAGAACAUUUACUUUGGAUAUGAAUUCUCGGAAAAAACAUUGCAUUUUAAGACUAGUGGGGGGGGAGGGGGGGGUUGUUUUGUUUACAAAGGCUGAUCCCUAAUUAAUCCCUACCAAGGCAACUAAAACAUGAUCAAGCUUUGAAUAACGAUACUGUAAGAAUUCCUCUCUUGGAUAUACAACAGUUAAACUCGUGCACAAUCAAAAUAUCGUCUUCAUACCGAGUACCACUGAAAUAACACCACCCCUGUACGUUCCCAUAAGUCAAAUCAAUUGCCAAGUUCGUUUUUCCGAGAAAUCAGACCCAACUAUUUCGCAGCGGCUAAACUGGUUGUUUACAUCAAAUUGACUUUUAGAUAAAGAGAACAGUUGUGGCCUGGAAAACACGAAAUGCAACAAGCCUGUAUUGUUCUUCCCCCAAGACUGCAUGUAGGCGACGAAACAGUGAAAGUCGAACAGCACCUUGGUAGUGGUGCAUUUGGAAUGUCUACAAAGUGA